AAAAUGGUGGUUUUGUUAGAUUAAUAACAGCAUCGGGACUCCCCCAUCCCGCCAUUGCUACUUCACUCUCGGCGACGAUUGCAUGAACCCUAAUUUACUCUUCCGCUUCCCUCUCUAGCAUUCAAUAUCGGAAAGGUUCUUCUUUCUUUUCCGAGUAAUAAUGAAUUCGAAAAAGAUGGACAUCGGUUCCAAAGAUAUUAUAAGCAAUCUACCAGACGCCCUUCUUGGUCACGUCCUGUCCUUCCUUCCCACGACAGAAGCUGCUUCGACAUCAGUUCUCGCAAAAAGGUGGAGGUAUCUGUUGGCUUUUGUACCAACUCUCGAUUUAGAUAACAUGAUCUAUGACCGUCCUAAAAUGGGUAGACGAAAAAGGCUAGAGAUGCGUAAAAGUUUCAAGCUUUUUGUGGAUAGAGUACUGGCUUUGCAAGGGAAUGCUCCGUUAAAAAAAUUCUCUUUAAGGUGUAAAAUUGGUUCUGAUCCAUCUCGUGUCAAUGGUUGGGUACUCAAAGUGUUGGAGCGUGGUGUAGUAGAGCUUGAUCUGUACAUCGCUUCGGAAUACGAAUAUCCGCUGCCUCCAGAGGUCUUGAUGACCAAGACAUUGGUUAGGCUGAAAUUAGCAGGAACAGAUGAGUUCACCGUUGAUGUUGGUGAGGUUUUUCUACCAAAGCUUAAGACUUUGCAUUUGACUGCUAUUUCGUUCGGUGAUGAGGGUGGUCCUCCAUUUGCCAAGCUGAUUUCUGCUUGUGACGCCCUUGAGGAGCUAGUUAUGAUUAAAAUGAUGUGGGAUUACUGGGAAUUUUGCUCGGUGUCCAACCCAUUCCUCAAGAGAGUAACAAUUGAUUGUGAGAACAUUGAUGAGAAUCCAAAGAGUGUAUCCUUUGAUACUCCAAAUCUUCUCUAUUUAGAAUUUACUGAUACUGUUGCAGUCAAGUAUCCAAAAGUGAAUUUUGAUUCGCUUGUUGAAGCUAGCGUAGGCCUUCGAAUGACACCUGAUCAGGUCUUUCACGCAAGAGAUUUAGUAAAUAGUCAUCAUGGUUAUAAAAGAUGUAAGGGCGCAAAUGCAGCAGAUUUUAUGAUGGGAAUAUGCAAUGUUAAAACCAUGUACUUAUCGUCCGAGGCUCUUGAGGUCCUUACUUUUUGCUGUAAAAAAGCAAUACCAGUCUUCAACAACCUGAUUCAUUUAACAGUUGAGACUGACGAAAGAGUGGACUGGGAAUCAUUGCCGAUUCUACUCAAGAAUUGUCCAAAUCUAGAAACCCUCGUCUUCGAAGGACUCCAUUACGGAGAUUUAAAUCAAUGUUUUGACAAGGAUUACAGCUUCAAGGACACAAACGAAUGUUAUGGCGAUCAAGGUGACACAUGUCAGUGCAAACCUUGGUAUGGCACUCCGGUUUGGCUAUCAUCAAGCCCAGUGAAGAUACUAAAGGUAUUGAAGUUUGGACAAAUCUCUAGUUAUAAAGAUGACAUGGAGAGGCAGACGGAUCUCAUUGAGCACUUUUUGGAGUCAAUGCCGAAUCUUGAACAAGUGAUAUUAUACUAUGACACUACAUUUGAUGAUGAUCUGAAAAUAGUAUCAACCCAACUUCAGAUGCUUGAAAAAGUAGCCUCAACCAAAUGCAAGAUCCAAGUAAUCUCUGAUAACAUCAGCUACUCAUUUACUGUGCACUCUUCCUCAUUGACAUGUGGGCUCAACUUCUUCAAAGACACCUUCCCGGUUUAAUGAUCAGCAUGCUUCAUCUCCAGAGAAGUUCAGAAAACAAUUAGUUGUUAGUUCUAGUCUUGUCUCUGCUCUUUCAGCUUCCCAAUAUGUAUUUUGUGGUUAUUCGUGUUGGUGAUAUGCGUUAACCUUGGGAUUUCUCUUGCCUAGAAGAAAGUUUUUGUAAAGUUUGCUAAAACUCUAAGCAAGCUUCUUUUGUUUUUGUUGUUCAAAGACUUUUGUCUUGCUGUUUCAGCUUCUUAAUAUGCAUUCUACUUUUUUUGUUCA